AUGAGUGAAGACGCAAAAGAGCCCCCUCCUCCUCCGCCUUCCCUCGAUCCGGCUUUGGACUCUGCCGAACAGAGGACUAAGUGUUGUACCGUGUGCAAUGGAUGUGGCUGCAGUAAAACUAUCCCCAUGAAGGUGCCCAUUGCGUUUCUAACGGCCCUUUGGGGUUUCCUCACAAAUGUAGAACGUGCCAUUAUUUUACCUACUAUGUGGCUCUAUUUCAAAACCUAUUGGAAUGAUCAAGUUGCAAGAACGUGGUAUGGCUGGACCAUGGCUUCGUUCAGCCUUUCGGUGCUUCUCUUUACACCUGUUUACGGUUAUGCUGCUCACAGUGGAAUCCAGACCAAAUAUUUGUUAAUUUUUGCCAAUAUGAUUGAACUUUUGGGGAACUUAGCCUACCUUGUGGCACAACAGCCGUGGGUGGUGCUAGCCGGUCGAUUCAUCUCGGGAAUUGGCGGUAGCUGUGACACUCCCAUGUACGCCGACAUGGCCAGGACCACCACAAUGGAAGAGCGGACGCCUUACAUGGCGGUCACCUAUGUUGCCAAACAAAUUGGUAUUGUUUUUGGUCCUGUUUGCACACUUCUGAUGCAUAAACUGCACUGGACUAUAGGUCAAUUCAAACUAAGUGUCUACAAUGGACCAGGUUUACUCAUGGCUGCACUCUGGGCUGUUCAUACCAUCCUCGUGCUUUUCUUCUAUCCCAUAGUUAAAAAACCCCCCAGAGGUGGUAGUUACAUGAGACCUGCAAAUGAAAGCUCGGAAAAGGAUAAACUGCUACGACCAACAUCAAAAAAGCGGAGAUGCUGCGACUGUGACUGCGAAGAAUGGAAGCCCUAUGUAACUUAUCCGGUACUUUCGAUGUACAUUAUGGUAUUUGCCACGUACUUCUGUGUAAUGAGCUUAGAAACAGUUCUGCCACCCGUAGUAGCAGUUUAUUUUAAUUGGGAUGAAGUAAAAGUGAGCUACGUUUAUCUCGGUGCCAGUGGACUUCUAAUCCUUAUGUGCAUAAUCCUACACGACCUUUCGAAGUGCAUUGAAGAUCGCAGACUGGCUUUGGUGGGUUUUAUUUGCCUGGUGUGCGCCUACGUUUGGCUCAUAUUCACAACAGCCUUCAUUAAUGGACUGACAGUGGAGUUGGGCGCCCCUCUCCUCAUAGUUGGGGUGGCGAUUCAUGUGAUCGGGAUGCCGCUGGCGUUGGCUGUCACAGAGUCCCUCUAUACAAAGAUGGUUCCUGCAAAUGAUCUUGAUCGUGCUCUCUCCUACUUGCGUUGUGUUAGCAACUUCGCCUUCCUCCUCGGUCCUCUUGAGGGCGGCAUUUUCGUGGAAUACGCCUACGUUGUCUUUCUCGGUAAUUUCCUCAUCUGUGCUCUCGGGCUGGGUCUACUGGCUGGAAGAUACCGGUUAUUUCAGCCACAGCUAGCCAAUAAAACAGUGGAUCGUGAGGCAUACAAGUCUGCCAAAUGA